GCAAAUAAUAUUGUGUAUAACCGAAACCAGCCUUUGCGUUUAUAAAUGUCUAUUUCAGAUUUUUUUUUUCUGUGCUUUUCACAUGUUUAGGAAAUGGAUUUUAAGAAAUUAAGACUUGCUUACUGCUUGUUUAGUCUGUUGAUGAAUCAAUGUUUUUUUUUUUUUGAUAAUACAAAUAUCGCAGUAACGUCAUAUAAGGUGCAUGUGUAUUAUAAGUACCUAAACUUGAUUUCUUGAUCUUCGCUCUGUUGUACUUCAUAUUGCGGGUAAUUUUAUUUUAUUCAUAUUCAUCAGUCGCUACAGACGUCCUUAGUUGUAUCGGCGUUUAAGCCCAGGGAAUAAUUGAUUGUAUACGUGAUUUUAUUUUGGAAUGGAUGUCUGGCCAGGAAGUGAGCUUUACUCAGCCCGGUAAAUGUACAUAGGACUGAUUUUUUUUUUUUUUCAAAUUCUCAGUGUACGCUAUACCGCUGCCCUCACGAGUUUAUACAUUUUAUUCUAAUGACAGAUUGCUUUUCAGCCUGUCCUAUAUUUGUUGAUGCUGAUGUUUGCAGUUUUUGCCUGUUCUUUGUGCUCGUGACAUACAGCGAAGAUUGUAACAAUUUGUUGCUCUGAGUAAGAUAAACCAUACCAACACUGAACACUGGUGAAGAUGGUCCUUUGACACAACUCGUCACGAAUACGGAACGUAUUUGGCACUGUCAGAAUAAUGCAUUUUAUUUGAGGGAAAGGAGACUAUUCUCGGGUGUGUCGUCUGUCAAUUCGAGUCUACUAACUGCUAAUAGUGAGCCGUACUGCGCUUUCCACCGCUCCAAAGGACACCUCACAAAAGAUUGCAGAGGUAAGCCUCUGUCUAAUGUUUGUUGGCGAUGUUUACAGCCAGGUCAUCUAAGAUCUCGAUGUCCUGGAUUACAGCAGCCGCAUAAAAAGGAACAAUCUACAGGUGUUCAGAAUGCUGUGCCCUUUCAGGAAGGCCAGCAGUGUUAAAACUCCCUGUAAUCUGUUGGCUAAAUGUAAAAGGGAGAUGGAUUUAUGCUUAGUGUCUGAUAAGAAUUUAGUGGGUCGACCUUUAAUAAAAGUUUGUAUUAAUGGUCAGGAAUUGCCUGCAUUCAUUGACACUGGAUCUUCUGCAUCCUUGUUGAAGGUCUCGGCAUUGAAGUCUCUAAGCAUUAUCUCACGUUCCAAAGGAGCCAGGUCACUUAUUAGUGCUUCUGGUGACUUGCUUGAUGUUUUAGAAGAAAGGGAUUUUGAGAUUUCUUUUGCUCCGGGACUUAGCCUAACACACAGAUUAGUUGUAGUUGAUGAAAACUGUGAUUUUCCGGGUUCCUUAUUAAUUGGCAUUGAUCUACUGCGUAGAUUUGAAUUCAGCUUGGUUCAUUCACAUCAGCCCGGACAGACUUAUCUUUCUCUUGAUUCAAUUAGAGUACCUGUAACCUAUACAGAUCAUCCAGGAAUUUCUAAAGUGUCCUUUUGCAAGGCAACAGUAAGGGACUUUGAUCUUGAUAUAACGCCCCUUUUUCAACAACCAGUUCUGUGUGCUAGAGUUCUCAGAAAUGCUAGUAUUCCUCCAAUGAGUGCUAAGUUUAUUUUAUGUUCAGUAAAUCGUGGUAUUCCUGAUGGGGAUGUAUACAUAGAGGGUCAUUUGCAUGAUCUAUCGAUUCCUCAUUCAGUUGCAAGUGUACAGAAUAGGAAAGUUUACAUAUGGGCAGUUAAUACUUUACCUCGCAGAAUUAAGCUCAAAAAUGGUAAGCUACUAGCAAAAGUGGAAGAAGUUUCUAACUCUGACCCAAGUAAAAUAGCAAUGAUAGGUAUUGCCUCUUCAUGUAAUUCUGAGGUAGUAACCCAAGCAAAUCUUCCAGAUUUAGAACAUUUAACAAAAGAACAAAAGAGUAAGGUCUUGCCUAUUCUACAGAAGCACAAGGGUUUAUUUGAUGGUGAUAAAAUGACUAUUGGUAAAGCCAAGGGUAUUGUGCAUUGCAUACCUACGGGUGAUGCAGCGCCUAUUUGUUCUAGACAGUGGCGUCUUCCACAGUCGGCCAAAGACUUUAUUAAGUCUGAGUGUCAGUCAAUGCUUAAAGCAGGAGUAAUUGAAACCUCAAUGAGUCCAUGGCUUAGUAAUGUGGUUCUAGUGGUAAAAAAGGAUGGGUCUCAUCGUUUUUGUGUUGACUACAGGCAGUUGAAUAAUGUUACCAUAGGAGAAUACAUAUCCACUUCCCAGGAUAGAAGAAACUAUUGA